CUUUGAUCUAUUCUGUAGCUCACUUCACUGUGCACGAUGCUCCUACUGACACAAGUUUACUCACUGAAACGUGACAUGGUUAAAUAUUUGUUCGGUCUUUAGGAGUGAUCAUCAAAAACAAACACACCCAACCGGGGUAAGUUGGCACGCGUAAAUUUCGGGCAAAUCACAGACGAAUUGAUAACGUUCGUUCGACGAAAGAUAGUAAAACGGUUAAUAUUCAAAAGUGUGAAAAUUUGUUUUCCCGUUUUAAAUUAUGUCUAUUAAAUAACUGAGAACAGUUUUACAAAUUCCAUUUCAGCAAAUGUUUAGUUACGGAUGUAGCAGCUAACGCAUUAUGUGUUUGUUUCUGUCUCAAACUUAAAGAAAGCUUACAUCAAGUCGCCAUAAUGGAUAAAAUAAAUGGAUUACGUGACAUCGUGAAGAAGAAAUAUGAAAAGAAAUGUUGUAUAAAAGUAGCUAUUGGAGUUGCCAGUGUUAUUGUCUUACUUAUAAUAAUUAUCGUAGCCGUCCAAGUAUCAUCUGAUAGCCCAGCUGAUGAAGUCGUGCCUAAUAAAAAUAAUGCCAUAGAGAGAACAUCGUCACCACCAACAAUAGUGGAAGUGGAUAUACCAAAUCAAUUUUUACUACGGAUGGGAUCAAAAGAUAACCCAACGUUCCAUGAAAUAUUAGCUGUAGAAGACACUAACCAAAUUUACUUAAUGCAGAUAGAUGAACAAUAUAAAACUGUGUAUGUGGUUGUUAACUUUAAACAGAAAGCGAAUGUUUAUAUUGGUAUGAGAAAGGAAAACGUGGAUGGUAUUCUGAAAGAAACAACUAUGUUGUUUUGUCAUGAGUCUAGAUUUGGCAGUGAUUUUACGGGCACCUUCCUCGAAUCAAGUGCUUUAACGAGUGGAGAACAUACUGUUCCUGGUAAUGGACGAACAACAACUUUAAAUGUUGAUGAUGUUGGAAAUGUGUUCACUGUGCCACCAACCAUAACUUCAGUUUUAAAUGGAUCAUGUAGUGAUAUUCCUAGUGACACUAUGUUGAAAUGGAAAGACAAAUCUUCAAAUUGUGAAUCAUCGUCGUCUAGUGUAGAUAUAAAUAAUUCUUCAACAUGUUCAUUAUCAUGUCCAAAAUGUGAAGAUUUAGCACAGACCGAAAAACAGAGUUGUAGAAAAUUUCAUCAGUGUAAUUAUGAUAUGGGAAAUUGUGAUCCCUAUUGGAAAACGCAAAACAGUUAUAACAGUCAACCAUAUUGUAUAUGUCGAAAAACUUUAUAUACCGAUAUGAGAGGUAUCAGUUGUGCUAAUGAUGGUACUGAUUGUGAAGUCAACAGAAGAGGAAUAGUGGACUUUGAAAAUAUCAACCCCUGUUUUUGUCGUUAUAGAAUACCCAUAAUACAUCCAUUUUUACCAUCACUUGACUCUAAAAAUAUUUUAUUUACUAUCCAAUCGGUUAUUGUGACAGCGCCGGCGCAAACGUUCGGAGAAUGUGACCUUUAAAUUUGACAUCAGUUAUUUCAGUACGGUACAUGACAAAACCAUAUAUUAUUAUUCUUUAUAUAUAUUAUAUGUAUUAUAUACGUGUCUGUAUUUUAUUGUGUAUUUAUUUUGAUAUGAUAUAAAUAUAUAACCAUAAUAAAA